CGGAGAUUUAUGGUCGCUGCUUAAUGCUUAGUGCAUGAGUAAACACAUAUUCAUUGGAUUCCACAGACACGGUUCUUUUGCAAACAACCUGCAUAAUCCACAUCGCUUAUCAAAGGUACUCUCUCUUCCAUGAAUAACCAACGCCAUAUGGAAAUCCAAACUCAACCUUAUGUGCAUUACGACCACACUCAUCCAUGUAAAUACGCAAGAUGGACUGCUAGGGAGAGUUUCCAAUUCAUGUAUGCAAGGCCUUGGCAACGAGUCAAUGAUUUUUAUUUGAAUAUUGUCCGUGGCAACUUGUCUCUGCAGCUUCUCUUUGAACCCGAGUCACUUCCUGAUCAUAAUGAUACUGGAAUUGCAGCACUUUCUGAUAAGACUGAGUUGGAAAGUGUUGCAUCUGAAGAUCGGUGCGGGAGGUGGGCGAGAUUAACAUUCAAAAUCGUUCUUUCAUAUCACGGGGGUUCUUUCGAUGGAUGGCAAAAGCAACCAGGUCUGAACACUGUCCAAAGCAUAGUAGAAGGGUCACUUGGUAAAUUUGUUGAUGAAAAGAAAACUCAACUGCUCAAGGACAAAGGCUUGCCUGUUGAAGGUUGUGCUGUUGUUGCUGGUCGUACAGACAAAGGAGUGACAGGCCUUCGACAAGUCUGUUCUUUCUACACUUGGAAGAAGGAUGUUAAACCAAGAGAUAUUGAGGAUGCAAUCAAUUAUGCAGCACCAGGAAAACUUAGGGUCAUAUCAGUUUCUGAGGUAUCACGUGUCUUUCAUCCUAAUUUCUCAGCCAAAUGGAGGCGUUACCUUUAUAUUUUUCCACUCACUGAUGGAGUUUACAGGGAGCAAAGUAAUGGUGAUGGGGAGUUCUGUGACAGUUCCAGACAUAAUGAAAUUCAUAAUUCUUCCAGCAGGGAUGAGUUAGAAAAUGAAAAGAAAUCUUACGUGUUCAGUGUAAGCAAGGUAAAUCGGCUUUUGCAAAAAUUAGAAGGAAAAUUGCUAUCCUACAAGAUGUUUGCCCGUGAUACAAAAGCUUCAAGAAAUGAAGGUCCACCCACUGAGUGUUUUGUUUACCAUGCUUGUGCUAUUGAAGCCAGAUUGCCUACAACUGAUUGUGGAGAAGAAACAAAGGUUAUGUGCGUUGAGCUGGUAGCCAAUCGCUUUUUACGCAAGAUGGUUCGAGUGCUUGUGGCAACCUCAAUUAGAGAAGCUGCUGCUGGUGCUGAAGAUGAUGCCUUGCUAAAGCUCAUGGAUGCCACAUGUCGGCGUGCCACUGCUCCUCCAGCACCUCCUGAUGGUCUAUGUCUAGUUGAUGUAGGGUAUACUGAAUUUGACUCCGAAAAAUGCUUCAUCCUGAUAAAGUAAUGAUUUGUUUUUUUUUUUUUUUUCGGUCAACAAGUUUGUUAAAGUCGUAGGAAUCUUUCAUUUUAUUGAAACAAGCGGUAGGCCACAUUUCUACUAGGUUCUUAACCAAAUGUAUGUACUAGGGUCAGUAAUACUGGCAGAUUUUAAUUCGGGGCUGCAUUUUUAUCCAAUAUUUUGUAAUUUGAUCUUCCACAUUGUCAUUUUGUUAUUACGAGCAGCUCCAGCGAUGAAGUUGCACUAGAUUACUAGAAUUCGGCAUCUUGGCUCUCCAUUGUUGUACAUUCAGAUUUUUAUUUAUUAUUUUUUAAGCUUCAAACUGAAAUUUUAGCCUUUUUUUUUAUGUUGCUAUUCCAUGUGGUAAAAACAAAAUAUUGGUUUGGUACGUCUACCUCUUGGCAAGUACACUUUUUUUUUGUCCGUCAAAAUUAUUUUCAUCCAUUUCGACCCUUCAUAGAUAUACUUUCUUUCAUUUGAGUUUAUUUGGCAACUUGCAUAGAUAACUAAAUUAUUGAGUUUAGCUUGGGGAUCACAAUGAAUUUUAGUACAUCUAUACGAGAACAAAAUGAGAAAAUAGAAAACUCUGAUGGAUCAAUAUUAAAGAAAUAAAGUUGGACCAAAUUGAAGUGUACUCCCACGUGUGAAGGACAAAAGUGUAGGAAAAGUAACUCUAAAUUGCCAAAAUGAGAUUAAAUUCAUAUGUGAAAAACAAAAACAGUACAUAGAAAAGAAAAACCCACACGGCUUUCCCUGAAUGCAGAAAAAUUGAAGAGAGACGGAUCUGAAUUCGGUGGCAUAAUUGGUGAAUGGAUAACAGUUUGUGUAAUUUUAUUAAUUUUAGCUAAUUAUUACCAAAUGUCUCUCAAAUUGAAGAUCUCAGUUUGACUUAUUUUUUUAAAGUCUUUUCUUCCAACAAAUUAAAGUAGAUUGGCAUUCGUAAUAUUGUUGGGCUUUGAGGAAUUUGAUUAUUACAAAUCUAUAGUGUGAGUGGGAUAAAAAAAUGACCCUUAAUCUAAAAUGUAAUAUAGCAUGCUUAUUUUAAAUUAGUUUUAGAGAAAUAAAAUCCUUGAGAAAUUAGAUAAGCAAUUUUUUUUUAAUUUUAUCCAAAAAUUACAAGCAAUUUUUUAAAAUAAAUUAAUCUGAACACGCAUUUACGGAUUUGAUAAUGUAUAUGUAAGUAUUUUAAGGUAUAAUGUAGAAACGCUAAUGGUUUCAGGUAUGGUAAUUAUCUUUUAACAAAUAAGUGAGUGUUGUUUUUUCAAUUUUGAAGUUUACAUAGAAAAAAAUUAUUUUUACUCAAAUUUUUAACAAUACUUUUUACAAUAAAGAGAGUGAUAAGAAAAGGAGAAAAAGAAAUAUGAAAUGAGUGAUGGGAUAAAAAAAAAAUUAUGAAAAAUCAUUUUGAUAAAUAAAGAAUAACGUUACAUAAAAAGAUAUUACUUUAUUAGUAAUGAGGAAUGUCUGGUGCCAUGCUGGCAAUGACCUCUUAAAAUUUUGAUUUCUUUUCCUUUUUGGGUACCGACUCUUGUUGCUUUUCUAUCACCGCCAAAAGAAAAUGAAUAAUCGGGAGAAAAAUAGGAAAUUAUCCGUAAGCCAAUCCUUGGGUCCCCUGAAGUUGAAAUUGGUCAUUGUAGAGACUCACUUGAGAGGUUAACUAAGUGGACAAGUUAGUGCAACAUAGAGAUAGAGAUAUAUGAUGAUGAAUUGAAAGCAUUGAAGCUGGUAGAUGAACGUGGACAAACAUGUUGUAGGCUAUAUAGCAUGCAAUGCAUUGAUAAUGUAGUGGAGUGUUGUUGGCCGUCAAGGUAGAGUCGGCACAAGCCUUGAAAAUAGGCAUUCAAAUAGGUGUUGUCUUGUGCAAAUUUAAAGGCUACCCGGGUACUUCUCUCGUUGAAGACACAUAAACACAUUUGCAUGCAACCAAGAAAUAAAAAAGACUUCGUCAAUAAUUUCACAUUAAACAACUUCUCUAUCUCCUAUUCUUAGCUCUCUUUUUCUUCUCCCUCCCCCUCUCUCUCUCUCUCUCCCCUCCUUCUUUCAAUGCCAUCAAAAGUUCUCAACCACCCAAGCCUUUCUUCUUCUUCUUCACCCUUAGUAGCACCUUUUCUUCCCAUUGCAAAAAGAAGAAUAGCCCUUCUUCAGGGCGCGCUCGCCGCCCCUAGUGCCUACCCUUCACUAUGGCACUAAGUGGUUGGCCUUCUUGGAUCAUUUUCAUUCUUCUUUUGCAUGUCAUUGCCUCUUCUGGGGCUUCAGAUUCUGAAUUGCUCCUUAAGGUCAAAGACAACCUACAAAUUACCAAUCAUGUUUUAACCUCAUGGAACACAUCGUCAUCUCCAUGCACACAUGAUCAUUCUCAUUGGCGUGGGGUUCUGUGCUACCAAGGAAGAGUGUGGGGGUUGAAGCUUGAGAAUAUGGGACUCAAAGGGCUCAUUGAUGUGGACUCUCUUAAGCAGUUACCUUCUCUUAGAACCUUGAGUUUCAUGAAUAAUGAUUUUGAUGGUACGUGGCCAGAAGUUAACAAGAUAGUUGGUUUGAAGUCCCUUUACCUUUCUAAUAACAAGUUUUCUGGGGAAAUUCCUCCUAAAACCUUUGAGGGCAUGCAGUGGUUGAAGAAAAUACAUUUGUCAAAUAACCAGUUCUCGGGUGCAAUUCCAGCUUCGCUUGCAAUUUUGCCAAGGCUCAUGGAGUUGAGGUUGGAGGGAAACAAAUUUAAUGGCACCAUUCCCGAACUUAGACAGAGCAAAUUUAAAUCAUUUAGUGUGGCUAAUAAUCAGUUGCAUGGCCCAAUUCCUGUUACCGUUAGUAAAAUGCCGGUUUCUUCCUUUUCUGGUGAGUCACACAUUUCAAUUCAAUUCUCCCAAUAUAUAAUAUAUCCAAUUAAUACAUAACAUAAAAUACAUAUAUACCAAUUUUCCAUGUUAUAUAUGCAUGCACACAUAACCAACAAAGCCUCACAGAGUUGGUAAAUAGUUAUGUCCUUUAAACAUGUUAACAAAGUUUCAAUUUUUGAUCGUGUGUAUAAAAAAUACAUAAUUGAGAAAGAGAAAAUCUACAUAAUUCGAUAAUCUCUACACUUUAAAAGAAAUAAUAUCUGACCCUCAAUUAGAGAAUACCCUUCAUACACGCCAAAAUAGACACACCCACAAGUAAAUAUUUUUUAUAACUUGGACUAUAAUUAUCUAAUAUCCCUUUUCUUUUACAUCUACGCUUAAACCUGUUGAAAAGGAGCUUCUUUGACCUCUCUUUCCAUGUCUUUGUACAUGACAUUGUAUAAAGGAUGAAAAGGAAGUGUUUGUCAGGUGAAGCGAGACAAGACCCAUUCUUAUAACUAGUGUUAGUGGAAUUAACGUGAGCUAUACAGUGCAAUGCCAAGUUAACAAAAGUUGGAUGUACAAGUAAGCUAUGAGAGUCAUUGAAUUCCAUGUAAAUUUAUGAAGAAAAUGAAUGCACGGUGGCCCUAUGCAAAUUCAGAUGUAUAGUAAAUCUAACGACAAUGAUGAUAUGUUUUGACUCUUGAUUUCGUGUGUGUUGACACUAGAGUGUAGCAUCAAUCUAAACUAGUACAUACAUACACAUCAAAUGAGCAGGUAACAGCGGGUUAUGUGGAGCCCCAUUGGAAGAGUGUCCUUCCAAUAAACCCUCAACUGUGAGUAUUGUUGUGGCUGUGGUAGUUGUUUGUGUGGCAGUGCUAGUGAUUGCAGCAGUAAUAUUCAUCCUUCA